UAUAAGUAGCAGGCGAGGCAGCACGUCCAGUCUCGACAGACUCCAGCCACAGGUCUAGGUCUACAGUUGUACCCGAGUUACCCAGAUUGCCAAGAGCUGCCUGUAAGAGCUGCCUGUCGUGAAAACCACCAGCAUCAUGCAUUCCAAGCUUGCUGUCCUCACGUCGCUGCUCGCGUCAGUGGUCAAUGGCCAGGGCGUAGGCACCCAGCAGACGGAGACGCACCCAAAAAUGACAUGGCAAAAGUGCUCCGGCAAGGGCAGCUGCACCAACCAGAACGGCGAGAUCACCAUCGACGCCAACUGGCGAUGGCUGCACGACAAGGGCGGGUACUCCAACUGCUACACGGGCAACACUUGGAAUGACACGGCCUGCACGACCAACGCCAAGUGUGCCUCGCAAUGUGUGGUCGACGGCGCCGACUACACUGCCACCUACGGCGCUUCCACGUCUGGGAAUGCUCUGACGCUCAAGUUUGUCACCAAGGGCCAGUACGCCACCAACAUCGGCUCCCGCAUGUACCUCAUGGCCAGCCCAACCAAGUACGCCAUGUUCACGCUGCUGGGCAAUGAGUUCACCAUGGACGUCGACGUCAGCAAACUGCCGUGCGGCUUGAAUGGCGCCGUCUACUUCGUCAGCAUGGACGAGGACGGCGGUAUGAGCAAGUAUUCGGGCAACAAGGCCGGUGCAAAGUACGGCACCGGCUACUGCGACUCGCAGUGCCCCCGAGACUUGAAGUUUAUCAACGGCCAGGGCAACGUCGAGGGGUGGAAGGCCUCGUCCAACGACGCCAACGCCGGCGUCGGCGGCACAGGGUCGUGCUGCGCCGAAAUGGACAUCUGGGAGGCCAACAGCAUCUCGACGGCCUUCACGCCCCACCCCUGCAAGAACUCGGCGCAGCACUCGUGCAAGGGCGACGACUGCGGGGGCACGUACUCGGCAUCGCGGUACGCAGGCGAUUGCGACCCCGACGGGUGCGACUUCAACGCGUACCGCAUGGGCGUGCACGACUUCUACGGCCCCGGGAUGACGGUCGACACCAACAAGAAAUUCACCAUCGUGACCCAGUUCCACGGCUCGGGCACCACGCUCACCGAGAUCAAGCAGUUCUACGUGCAGGGCGGCAAGCGCAUCGACCUGCCCAACCCCACGUGGCCCGGCCUGACGGGCAACAGCUUGACGCCCGACUUUUGCAAGGCCCAGAAGCAAGUCUUUGGUGACGGGGACCACUUCAACGAGAUUGGCGGCUUCGACGUGAUGGCCCAGGCCCUGGCCAAGCCCAUGGUGUUAGUUCUUUCGCUGUGGGAUGACCACUACUCCAACAUGCUCUGGCUCGACUCGACAUACCCGACCGAUGCCGACCCGUCGACGCCCGGCAAGGGCCGCGGCACCUGCGACACCAGCAGCGGCGUGCCCUCCGACGUCGAGUCCAAGAAUGCGUGAGUCGUCCAGCACUUACUGUGCAUCCAUUACCCCUUUAAUAAUAAUGGCGUGUGGAUACUGACCUGCC